AUGAUCUGCGAUGGAGGUGAUGUUCUCACCGACACAACGACGCCAACAGUCACGCGCGACGCUCCUAUCACAGUAGCGUCGCUGGGUGCAGACGGGAGGGAGAACGCCAACAGUUGGUUGUCCCCUGGGUGGAGAGGGAGGGAGAGGCGGAGAAGUCCUGAUAGCACCUAUAGAUCCAAUUUGAAUCAACUUUUUCUUACUCUAUCCUCAAAUGCUACCCGGGACAACGGAUUUUACAGCUAUACGGUGGGUCGUGGCCCUCCUGACAGAGUCAAUGGCCUCUUCCUAUGUAGAGGUGAUGUUAAUAUUGACGUUUGUGAAGAGUGCGUCAGAAACGCUACUACGGAAAUCUUACGACGUUGUCCCAAGGAAAAAGAUUCAACUAUCUGGUACGAUGAGUGCAUGUUACGUUACUCAAAUAUAUCCAUAUUCUCCAGGGCUGAUCAAAAUGGAGGAAUCAUCUUGAGUAACAACCAGAAUAUCACAGAUCAACCUGAUAGAUUCAGAACUGUGUUGGCGGCUACCUUGAAUGAAUCAGCAACAGAAGCAGCAAAUGAUCUCUCUGGUAAAAAAUUUGCAACCAAACAAGCUAAUUUCACGGCAUUUCAGACAUUGUACACUCUGGCGCAGUGCACCCCUGAUCUUUCGAGCGGUCAGUGCAAUACCUGCCUUCGAGAUUGUAUCUCGAAUUUCCCGUCAUGUUGUGAUAUUAAACAAGGAGCAAGGGUAAAUUUCCUCAGCUGUAAUAUUAGGUAUGAGAUGUACCCAUUUUAUAAUUUUACUUUGGCACCAGCACCGCCUAAUCGAAAUACACCUCCUCUUCCGCCCUUACCUCCUUCGCGUUCUACAAGGAAUGAAGGAAAUGGGGGAAUGUCAAGACAAGUUAUUAUUGCGAUAGUUGUUCCAAUUGUUGUUUCCUUAUUGAUUUUCUUCAUAGGCUGCUUCUUUUUGACAAGGAGAGCAAAGCAGAAACGUUAUGAUGCUGUCAACGAGGAAAAUGACGAAGGAAAUGAUAUUUCGACAGUUGAAUCCUUGCAAUAUGAUUUGAAUGCUGUUGGGCUUGCUACCAACAACUUUUCUCCUGAUAACAAGAUUGGUGAAGGUGGAUUUGGGAGUGUUUACAAGGGUACUUUAUCGAACGGACAAGAAAUAGCCGUAAAGAGACUUUCUAAAAAUUCAGGGCAAGAAGGAGAAGAAAAGAUACUCAUCUACGAAUUUGUGCCCAAUAAAAGCCUCGAUUACUUUCUAUUUGAUCCAGAAAAAGGGCAACUGUUGGAUUGGUCGAAACGAAAUACAAGUAGGAUUGUUGGGACAUAUGGUUACAUGUCUCCGGAGUAUGCAAUGCAUGGCCAAUUUUCUGUCAAAUCGGAUGUUUUCAGUUUUGGCGUCCUGAUUUUGGAAAUCAUAAGCGGCAAAAAGAAUAGUAGCUUCUACCAAUCAGAUGGUGCCGAGGAUCUCUUAAGCUACGCUUGGAAGCUUUGGAGAGACAACACACCCUUGGAAUUGAUAGAUCCGACGCUGCAAAACUCGUAUGCUAGGAAUGAAGCAAUUCGAUGCAUCCAAAUUGGCUUACUGUGUGUUCAAGAAGAUGUUGAUGAACGACCAAAUAUGGCUUCGAUACUUUUGACACUCAACAGUUCUUCGGCCACUCUUGCUGUGCCUGGUCAACCUGCAUUUUUUCUCCAUAGUAAAACACGUAACGUGCCCAAAUUGCAUAAUUCAGACAAAUCCACAUCAACCUCGACAGCCUUGUCUAUAAAUGAAGCAUCAAUUACUGAAUUAUAUCCAAGAUAG